AUGCUAAGGGACAGAAACACCACCGCCGUACAAAUUGGAAGAAUAUAUGAACCUUCAAUAGAAACACCCAUCUCAGGCGCUGAGGAGGCUUUGGCCGUUCAAACUCGAGCCACGAGAGAAGUUGAGAAAGAAAAAGAAGACGAAGGAGUAAGAGAACCAUACAACGAAGCCGAAGAGUCUGACAAAGAUCAAUCCAUGUUAGACGGAUACAACAAAGAUGAAACGGAGGAUGAUUGGAGGAUUCCAAUUCACCAAUACCUCGCCAAGGGUACCUUACCAGCAGAUGUCAAAGAGGCUCGGAAACUUGAAUUAAAAGCAUCAAUGUAUAGCCUUCGGGAUGGGAUACUGUAUAUGAGGUCAUUUCUUGGACCUAUGAUGCGGUGCCUCUCACGAACCGAAGGAAGGAAAAUACUCCACGACAUACACAACGGAGAUGCCAGCAAUCAUAGCGGAAGAAGAUCUUUGGCGGUCAAAGCCAAAAUGAAAGGAUACUACUGGCUAAGUAUGGACGAAGACUCAAAGAACAUGGCUAAGCGGUGUGAAAGAUGCCAACGCUUUUCCAAGAAAAUCAAAGCACCAGCAGCGGAGCUAAACUCGGUCAUCAUCCCUUGGCCACUUGUCAAAUGGGGGUGGAUAUUGUCGGACCCUUGA